UCGUAUUCAGUUGAUUCCAAGACACGAAGUGGUGAAUUUAUUUUUAUCACUACAAAAAUGUAUUAUAUUAUACCAGACGAAGUCCUAGAUACCUUGAAGUGCAAGGUUUGCCACAAAAUCUUAUCAGUUAAACCCGUUAAAGUAUACCGAAACGGCCUAAUCAAGUGCGGAAGAUGUGUUUCGGAAGACGACUGCGGUGUAGUCUCCAUGUUUCACUGGAUUGGCGAUAGAAGUCUUUUCAAAUGUGUCAAUAGAUUUGAUGGCUGCAGAGAUCUGUUAGUACCAUCACAAGUGAUCCAUCACGAGAACCACUGUAUAGAACUCAAACAUAUUUGCCCAAUAUGCCCGAGUACUGAAAACAUUCCAACGAGCACGUUUAUGGAUCAUUUCGAGAAGGAACAUCCCUCAGCAGUCCUCAAAACACCCUCUAUAAACAUAAACAUGGACGAAUCCAGCCCUAGCCAGAAAAUACUACUCUACAGGAUGAGGGAUAAUUUAUUUUUCGUCUAUAUAAACAUCAAUGAGUCCGAGAAUCUCUUCAUGAGUGUGAUCCACAUUGGCAGAUACAGCACCGAGGCAGAAAUGAGCCAGAUAUUCAAGAUUCAUUGCUUCGAUUCGAACGUCACCAUCGAAACAAAAAAGAAAAUAUGCAACUGGUCCAAGUCGACAAACGCUAACGUUUGCCUUGUGGAAAAGUCAGAAUUAGGGUCCCGAUUUCUGAAUAUCGAAUUUGAAAUAGAAAUCACAGGUGCAACGCAACUCAUUUGCUUACCACCAGGGUUGGUGGAUAAGAACUCAAGAUAUUUCGCCGAUUUGGAAAGGUCGGAUUAUGACGAAGAUGAGUUCGUUGAAACCUUCAUGUCAGUUUGUCCUAUCGCUGAAGACCCUUACAUGAACUGGCCAAGACAACUAUUGCUCGAUGGGAAUUAUCAAAAACUCUAUCCUGAAAUUUCUACAACCCUGGAAUGCAUUGAAUUGACGAAAACUCUACCAGGGAAUCUGCUAGUGAAGAUUCGCCCCUAUUGCUGCAAUUGUGCGUCCAGUGUCAGCUGUGUCUUCGACCACCAAGUGUUCCUGUUAAUCGAUGUAACCUACAGUGCUAUUUGUUGCCUUUGCUACGUAUUCUACAGGAGGAGUGUGUCAUUCCAAAAUUACCGGUUGGUUCCCAAAGCGCCCCUUCUGGAUUGGAGGGAAAGCAUCAGCUACGGGAAUACUACUUUUUCUUGCAUUUGGGGAUGUGGGCUUUUUGCAGUCGAAAUUGAGGAACAUGAAUUGAAGUGUGAACAGCAACCUCGUCGAGUUUGCCCGGUCGAAUUGUGUUCUUUCAUGGGAAAACUGAACGAAAUCGAAAAUCACUUCUCUGAAAAGCACACCCCUCUUCCAUCCAUAAAAAUGUUCUCUACAUUUUAUUUGUCGCUGAAUAAUCGAACAAAUCCUUCAUCCGGAUGGUAUGUGUGGGUUCCACCGUACUUUGUGUUUUUGAAGUUUCAUUGGGAAGACUCCGCAUGGAAAUUCACAGUUUCAGUCGAUGCUGAUGUGAAACCCGAGGUGCUGGUUUAUUCCCUCAACAGAUCAGGUGUAGAGAUGAAGGAAUAUUGCAGACCCUGUUCGACGAUUUUGCAAUUUGUAGCCGUUUACAAUGACUUUCUAGAGAUCCAAGAUGUAACGGCCAUGCGUUUGGUGCUGAAAUGUUACUUGAAGAACUCGUAGAAAUUAUGAAUCAAUCAUUAUUUGUAUGAAAUGCUCAUGUGAUUGCAG